CCAGGCCGGGUUUUGGCGCCGCCCGCCUGCUGCCUCCUGGCGGCUCCUCAACUCCAGCCCCCUCUCUCUCAGCCUCUCACUCCGUCUCAAUAUGUCUCAAGAUGGCGGCCAAUGUGGGAUCGAUGUUUCAAUAUUGGAAGCGCUUUGAUUUACAGCAGCUGCAGAGGGAACUCGAUGCCACCGCAACGGUAUUGGCAAACCGGCAAGAUGAAAGCGAGCAGUCUAGAAAGCGGCUCAUCGAGCAGAGCCGAGAGUUCAAGAAGAACACUCCGGAGGAUUUACGCAAGCAGGUAGCGCCACUGCUGAAGAGCUUCCAAGGGGAGAUUGAUGCACUGAGUAAAAGAAGCAAAGACGCUGAGGCAGCCUUCUUGAAUGUCUACAAAAGAUUGAUUGAUGUUCCAGAUCCUGUACCAGCCCUGGAUCUCGGCCAGCAGCUCCAGCUCAAAGUGCAGCGCCUGCACGACAUUGAAACAGAGAACCAGAAACUUAGGGAAACACUCGAGGAAUACAACAAGGAAUUUGCUGAAGUGAAAAAUCAAGAUACGUUGGCCGCCAAAGAGCGGGAAAUCGCCCAGCUGGUGGAGGACGUGCAGAGACUGCAGGCUAGCCUCACCAAGCUGCGGGAGAACUCCGCCAGCCAGAUCUCCCAGCUCGAGCAGCAGCUGAGUGCCAAGAACAGCACGCUCAAACAACUGGAAGAAAAACUCAAAGGACAGGCUGACUAUGAAGAGGUGAAGAAAGAACUCAAUAUUCUGAAGUCCAUGGAGUUUGCACCGUCUGAGGGAGCUGGGACACAGGACGCAUCCAAGCCCCUGGAGGUGCUGCUGCUGGAGAAGAACCGCUCGCUGCAGUCCGAGAACGCCUCUCUGCGCAUCUCCAACAGCGACCUGAGCGGGCGCUGUGCAGAGCUGCAGGUCCACGUCACCGAGGCCAUGGCCAUGGUGACUGAGCAGAGGGAGCUGAUUGCCCGCCUGGAGCAGGAUCUCAGCACCGUCCAGUCCAUCCAGCGGCCAGAUGCCGAGGGUGCAGCCGAGCACGGCCUGGAGAAGAUCCCAGAGCCCAUCAAGGAGGCCACCGCCCUGUUCUAUGGAUCCACGGCACCAGCCAGCGGCACCCUCCCUGAGGGCCAGGUAGACUCACUGCUGUCCAUCAUCUCCAGCCAGAGGGAGCGUUUCCGGACCCGGAACCAGGAGCUGGAGGCUGAGCACCGCAUGGCCCAGCACACCAUCCAAGCCCUGCAGAGCGAGCUGGACAGCCUGCGUGCCGACAACAUCAAGCUCUUCGAGAAAAUCAAGUUCCUGCAGAACUACUCUGGUCGGGGCGGUGGCAGCGAUGACACGGAGCUGCGGUACUCGUCCCAGUACGAGGAGCGCCUGGACCCCUUCUCCUCCUUCAGCAAGCGGGAGCGGCAGCGGAAGUACCAGAGCCUGAGCCCCUGGGACAAGGCUACACUCAGCAUGGGGCGGCUGGUUCUCUCCAACAAGAUGGCGCGCACCAUCGGCUUCUUCUACACACUGUUCCUGCAUUGCUUGGUCUUCCUGGUUCUCUACAAGCUGGCGUGGAGCGAGAGCGUGGAGAGGGACUGUACCACCUUCUGCGCCAAGAAGUUUGCCGAUCACCUGCACAAGUUCCACGAGAAUGACAACGGGGCAGCGGCCGGUGACUUGUGGCAGUGAUGUCUCGGGGCCUCCCCACUCACAACAGCGAUGACUGCAUUCCCCACCCCUGCUUAUUCAGCUGCUUCUAAUGACUAGGCUUCCCUAGAAAUUCCCCAUGGAAACUGCCCUUGCCCUCCACCAGCAGUACCAGAGGUCCUAGUCCCCUUGGGCUCCCUUAAAAUGAUGUCUCAGCCACUUCAGGCCUCGUCGGUCCAGAAAGUCCCAUGGCCCAGCCAGGCUGAGCCACAUGGGUCUCUCGGCCCCAUCUCAGGCUGUGAUCUGGCUUGGGCCCUGCCCACAGCUUGACGGCUAGCCCUGGUGGCAGGGAUGCUGUGACACUGUGUCCCACUGUUUCUGGCCAUGGUUAAACCAGUCGGGGUCCCCUGGGACCCAUCACCACCUCCCAAGAUGUAGGGGACCCUUCCUUACAGGCCAGGAUUCUGUGAGUCCAUCCCCCCAGCCCACCUUGGUCACGCUCUACCCCACCCCCAGACCCACCAUGAUUUUUGCUUUAUUAUUUAGCAGGUAUUCUGGCUUCUAGGUGAGGAGUCUGCAGUGAGCACACCCCAUGCCAGGGGCUCUUCAGACCCAAGGACUGGUCUGAGGGGCCCAGGUGCUUCUUGGCCAAGCAGAACAUCUUAGCAUGGCCACCUUGGGCCACUGACAGAUUUGCCUAUGUUAAAUUUGCACUUGCGUGUUCAGCUUUGAAUAAACAUAUGGUUGCAGCCAAAAA